ACAUGAGGAAACAGCUGAUACAAAUGAACAUGACGCCACAAGGGAAGCGAAACUAAACACAUUGAACACAGAACACGAGACUGUCAAAAUAAAACAGGAAGCACGCAGACUAAGACGCACAGAGUUGAAACGGUGAUAGUUAAGGAGAGGACGAGAGGGGGAGCAAGGGAACAUGAGAUAGAGGACGAGAGAGGGAGAGAGGGAACUGGAGAACAUGGAUAAACAUGACAGACAGAGGAGCAUGGAAUGAACACGAAGAGGAGGAGCAUUGGAACACUAAAACACAAACACAGAGAAGGGCAUACAGGACAGAGACACAAGGGGAACCUAAAUGACAAGGAAAUUACACAUUGCAAACAGGGGAGACCAAACUGUCAUGGUCCGGGUAAGUGCUGGGCCUUCCCACAGGGCCGGCAUUUCCACCCCUGGGCGGAGCCGCCACAUCAUGCUGACAGGCUGCACCUGAGCGUAAUUGGAAUUGCCGGCUUCUUAAGACCAGCACUCAGACUCACACCUCGCCAGAUCGUCUGCAAACCUUUGUCAGUCAGGGCUUCCACAGUUUCAUCAGUUUGUAGUAGUUUCAUGUGUUUUCUAACGUUUGUGCUUUCUCCACUCUCAGAGGACCUCCGGACGUUGUCAAGCCGCUGCCGUAACCUGUUAGGAUUUCAGCGCUGGUCUGUUCACAGUUUCUCCAUGCCUACCUGCCUGCCUCCUUGCCCAGUGCUCAGGAUAAUCAUCUCCCCUCACCCGGACCACCUCCCCUCUAAGCUUUGCCUCCGCCUGCGCAUGAUGAUUAAACCCUUACCUCUGCCCCCUCCCUCCUCAGGAGUUCGUGCACUGACAGAUUUCCCAGUGUCGGGUUCUCCAUUCCAUCCACGACAGCCCCACGGACACUUCUAGUGCUCCUUAUAGUUUUGUUUCAUAGAAAUGCCAAGUCAGCCAUGUGUGUUUCAAAGUAAAGGGUUAUGAAUUUCUGAAUUAAAACUGUGUCUCCAAGCGGAGUAUUAUGAAUCAUAGUGGGCCUCUAAGCUAAUGUUAUAUUUAAAUUCGUGUUCCAGAGUAGAGUUUCUAGUGUGUUUUAAGUUUAUUUAGGUUGCCGCUAGCCCUCGGUUCCUCAUGAGUGUUUUUGAGUUAUUCCUCGUUUACGUUGAGCAAUUCUAAGUUAUGGUAAGCACUUUGAGCACCUCUCACCGUCAUUCGCUGUUUACAUUAAUUGCACCACUGUAAAUAAAGCUUUGUCACCCUCAGU